CUCAACCCUCGAGACCUCAACCCUCUCGUCAAGAUGAAUUACCUGCGCAGGCGACUCUCUGACAGCAACUUCAUGGCCAACCUGCCCAACGGCUACAUGACGGACCUUCAGCGCCCUCAGCCGCCGCCGCCGCCGCCCAGCGCCACCUCUCCGUCGCCGGGCAGCAUCUCCCCAGCUGAAAGGCCACCGGCUGCCCCCAGCCCUGGAGCAGGAGGCGGCGGCGGAGGCGGCGGCGGAGCCGGGGGUUUUUUCUCGUCGCUCUCCAACGCAGUGAAGCAGACGACCGCGGCGGCAGCAGCCACCUUCAGCGAGCAAGUCGGAGGGGUGGCCGGCUCUGCAACGUCCUCGGGACGCAGCAAAGUACUGCUGGUGAUCGAUGAGCCGGGGACAGACUGGGCAAAAUAUUUCAAGGGGAAGAAACUUCAUGGGGAGCUGGACAUCAAGGUUGAACAGGCAGAAUUCUGUGACCUGAACUUGGUGGCUCAUGCUAAUGGCAAUUUUUCUGUUGACAUGGAGGUUAUGCGCAAUGGGAUCAAGGUAGUACGGAGCCUGAAGCCAGACUUUGUCCUGAUCCGCCAGCAUGCCUACAGCAUGGCUCGUGGUGGAGACCAUCGUGGCAUUGUUAUUGGCUUGCAGUAUGCAGGCGUGCCCAGUGUCAACACUUUGCAUUCAGUAUACAACUUCUGUGACAAGCCUUGGGUGUUUGCCCAGAUGGUCCGCCUGCAUCGCAAGCUUGGUCCGGAAGAAUUCCCCCUCAUUGACCAGACAUACUAUCCCAAUCAUAAGGAGAUGCUGACAACCUCCAAAUAUCCAGUGGUGGUAAAGAUGGGACAUGCUCAUUCUGGAAUGGGAAAGGUCAAGGUGGAGAACCAAUAUGAUUUCCAGGACAUUGCCAGUGUGGUAGCUCUUACGAAGACCUAUGCCACCUCAGAACCUUUUAUUGAUGCCAAAUAUGAUAUCCGUAUACAGAAGAUUGGCAAUAACUACAAAGCCUACAUGAGGACCUCUGUUUCAGGCAACUGGAAAACCAAUACUGGCUCUGCCAUGUUGGAGCAAAUAGCCAUGUCAGAUAGGUACAAACUAUGGGUGGACACUUGUUCAGAAAUCUUUGGUGGUUUGGACAUCUGUGCAGUAGAAGCUCUACAUGGCAAGGAUGGACGUGACCACAUCAUUGAGGUAGUGGGAUCAUCCAUGCCUCUGAUUGGAGACCAUCAGGAUGAAGAUAAGCAGCUGAUUGUAGAGCUGGUGCUGACACGCAUGGCCCAGGUCAUCCCUCGCACACCAGUGCCCUCCCCUCAGCGCCCAGCACCACCCACCACCCAGCAGCCGAGGCCCAGUACUCAGGGGCAGGGCCCUGGUGGCCCAGGGCAACAAGGGAACCGCCCUCCACCCAGCCAAGGAAAGCCACAAGUUGCUCAGAAACCCAGUCAGGAUCUGCCUCCUCCACCCCAGCCCCAGCUGAACAAAUCCCAGUCUCUGACCAAUACCUUCCCCCUUGCAGAGGCACCGGUGCCGCGGGGCAGCCUUAGUCAGGACGAAGUGCGUGCCGAGAGCAUCCGCAGCCUCCGACAGAGCUUCGCCAGCCUCUUCUCCGACUGAGAGACUUCCCCCUCCGUGCAGCGACCCUUCACUUCCCCAGGCCUAGAUCCCCUUCCUUGUCUUCUGAGACUCUGAACCCUGUGUCCCUUCACUGCUUUGACCCACCCACAUGGGAACGUUCUUCCAAAAUGAAUGACGAGUUUCUUCUCAACUCCCCUCCGAUAAUGGCAAUCCCACGGAAAGGGGGAAACAAUAAGGAUCCCUGGGGAUCCCUGGUGAAAGGAAUGGCACCUGCUGGGAACGGUCAGAGCUAG